UAUGUACUUACAGCGAUGGCUUUCUACAAAGUGAUCUGUGUGGCGACUCUGCUGACUCUCCUGACACAAGAGUCUCACUCACAACUGAAUGUGUGUGGUCUGCCAACACUCAACACCAGGAUUGUCGGAGGAGAUGUGGCCCCUGCAGGCAGCUGGCCCUGGCAGGCCAGUCUGCGAACCUCAGAGCCCCACAUCUGUGGAGGAUCCCUCAUUAACAAUCAGUGGGUGCUGACUGCUGCUCAAUGCUGCACCAGACAAGGCGUAGGCACGAGAACUCUGACUGUGGUUCUGGGUCUCCAGAGUCUACAGGGAACAAACCCCAAUCAAGUGUCUCGGGCAGUAUCACAGAUCAUCAUUCAUCCCAACUUUAACCCUGGAACUUUUGAAAACGACAUCUGCCUCCUGAAGCUCUCCUCACCGGUGACAUUCAACGCCUACGUCCAGCCCGUCUGCCUGGCAGCCACAGGCAGCACCUUCUACAAGGGCACUGUCUCCUGGGCCACCGGCUGGGGCAAUGUUGGAACUGGAGUGUCCCUGCCUUUCCCACAAAACCUAAUGGAGGUGCAGCUGCCGAUUGUUGGAAACAGAGAGUGUACCUGUACCUACGGAUUGAGUUUGAUCACAAACAACACGAUGUGCGCCGAGUUAAAUGUUGGAGGGAAGGGCAUCUGUCAGGGGGAUGGAGGAGGUCCGCUGGUGAGCAAGCAGGGCGGUCGCUGGAUCCAGGGGGGAAUCACGAGUUUCCUCAGUAAUAAGGGCUGCGCAGUGCCUAAUAUCCCAUCAGGCUACACCCGAGUGUCCCAGUAUCAGUCCUGGAUCAACAGCCAGAUCACCAUCAACCAGCCGGGCUUCAUCACCUUCACCUCCACAGGGACCGACGGUGACCUCAGCGUCACCUGUCCUGCCCUGCCACCACCCAUAGCCCAAGUGUGUGGUCAGCCUACGCUCAACACUAAGAUUGUUGGAGGACUGGUGGGCUCUGCAGGCAGCUGGCCCUGGCAGGCCAGUCUGCAAAGCUCUGGAACCCACUUCUGUGGAGGAACCCUCAUUAACAAUGACUGGGUGCUGACAGCUGCUAACUGCAUCACAAGCACAGGCGUAGGCACGAGAACUCUGACUGUGGUUCUGGGUCUCCAGAGUCUACAGGGAACAAACCCCAAUCAAGUGUCUCGGGCAGUAUCACAGAUCAUCAUUCAUCCCAACUUUAACCCUGGAACUUUUGAAAACGACAUCUGCCUCCUGAAGCUCUCCUCACCGGUGACAUUCAACGCCUACGUCCAGCCCGUCUGCCUGGCAGCCACAGGCAGCACCUUCUACAAGGGCACUGUCUCCUGGGCCACCGGCUGGGGCAAUGUUGGAACUGGAGUGUCCCUGCCUUUCCCACAAAACCUAAUGGAGGUGCAGCUGCCGAUUGUUGGGAACAGAGAGUGUACCUGUACCUACGGAUUGAGUUUGAUCACAAACAACAAGAUGUGCGCCGAGUUAAAUGUUGGAGGGAAGGGCAUCUGUCAGGGGGAUGGAGGAGGUCCGCUGGUGAGCAAGCAGGGCGGUCGCUGGAUCCAGGGGGGAAUCACGAGUUUCCUCAGUAAUAAGGGCUGCGCAGUGCCUAAUAUCCCAUCAGGCUACACCCGAGUGUCCCAGUAUCAGUCCUGGAUCAACAGCCAGAUCACCAUCAACCAGCCGGGCUUCAUCACCUUCACCUCCACAGGGACCGACGGUGACCUCAGCGUCACCUGUCCUGCCCUGCCACCACCCAUAGCCCAAGUGUGCGGUCAGCCUACGCUCAACACUAAGAUUGUUGGAGGACUGGUGGGCUCUGCAGGCAGCUGGCCCUGGCAGGCCAGUCUGCAAAGCUCUGGAACCCACUUCUGUGGAGGAACCCUCAUUAACAAUGACUGGGUGCUGACAGCUGCUAACUGCAUCACAAGCACAGGCGUAGGCACGAGAACUCUGACUGUGGUUCUGGGUCUCCAGAGUCUACAGGGAACAAACCCCAAUCAAGUGUCUCGGGCAGUAUCACAGAUCAUCAUUCAUCCCAACUUUAACCCUGGAACUUUUGAAAACGACAUCUGCCUCCUGAAGCUCUCCUCACCGGUGACAUUCAACGCCUACGUCCAGCCCGUCUGUCUGGCAGCCACAGGCAGCACCUUCUACAAGGGCACUGUCUCCUGGGCCACCGGCUGGGGCAAUGUUGGAACUGGAGUGUCCCUUCCUUACCCACAAAAGCUAAUGGAGGUGCAGCUGCCGAUUGUGGGGAACAGACAGUGUAGCUGUACCUACGGAUUGAGCCUGAUCACAAACAACAAGAUGUGUGCCGGUGCUGGAGGGAAGGACAUCUGUCAGGGGGAUGGAGGAGGUCCGCUGGUGAGCAAGCAGGGCGGUCGCUGGAUCCAGGGGGAAUCACGAGUUUCCUCAGUAAUAGGGCUGCGCAGUGCCUAAUAUCCCAUCAGGCUACACCCGAGUGUCCCAGUAUCAGUCCUGGAUCAACAGCCAGAUCACCAUCAACCAGCCGGGCUAUUACACCUUCAUGUCCGCUGGGACUGACGGUGACCUCAGCGUCACCUGUUCUCCACCAAG